UUCCAGGUUAUAAGAGAGUUUGCAAUGGCAAUGCUCUGGAAAUUCAUGAGAGUAGCUAGGUAUUCUAAAACAGCUUUACCACCGAAAGUAAGAGGGAUUCUGGUCCAUUCAAGGCAUUCUUCUUCUUCCAAGUCUGUACCUUCAGAUUUUGCUGCCAGCACACCCUGCUCAAAUACGGUGGAACUGCUUGGUAAAUCUUAUCCUCAGGAUGACUACAGCAAUGUCACAGAGAAGAUUCUUUCCAAAGUGGGGAAGAACUUGCAUAACAAAAAGCAUCACCCUUUGUGGCUAAUCAAGGAGCAGGUGAAGGACCACUUUUACAAGCAUUAUACAGGACGCCGUGGGACUCCACUCUUUUCUGUCUACGAUGGUCUUUCUCCAGUGGUUACAGUACAGCAGAAUUUUGAUAGUUUACUUAUACCACAAAACCAUGCCAGCAGAAAGAAAGAGGAUAACUAUUACUUGAAUCGUGAUCACAUGCUAAGAGCACACACAUCAGCUCACCAGUGGGACUUGAUACACUCUGGCCUAGAUGCCUUUCUGGCUGUGGGAGAUGUCUACCGCCGUGAUACAAUUGAUAACACCCACUAUCCGGUCUUUCAUCAGAUGGAAGGAGUUCGACUCUUCUCCUGUCAUGAGGUAGGAAUUCUUUAGUUGAGGUGAAAGAGGUUUGGGGUAAGUUGAUCUUAUUUGCUAUUAGCAAGUGCAAGUUACCACACAGGUAUUAUGCAGUACAUUGAUGAAGAUCAAGUAAUUGGUUGUGGACAAAUAUAGGUGAAAAAUGUGGAAUUUGAAAACACCUGUAAAUUCCCCAGAAAAAUCUGGAAAAAAUGAAUGAUGGUAUUCUUGAAAUCUAGC